AUGUCCAUAGAGCUGAAGGACAACUUGGGCAGUGAUGACCCGGAAGGAGAUGUGCCUCUACUGCUACAGACGGUGCUGUCCAGGAACCCCAAUGUCUUCAGGGAGAAAAGUACGCCCACCCGAUACGGGGUUCAGGGCGGUUUAAUGCAACAGCCAAUGAUACCACCGUAUAAGAUGCCUCAGAAUUCCAUGCAUGGAAGUCCGGCGUCAAACUACCAGCAAACCACUAUAACUCCGAGCCCUCCCAGCCGAUAUGUUCAAACUCAGGCGGGUUCUGGUAGCAGGUACAUGCCCCAGCAGAACAGUCCAGUGCCCAGUCCGUAUGCGCCACAGAGUCCAGCGGGCUACAUGCAGUACAGCCACCCACGCUACCCCCAGCACCAACCGAUCCAGCAAGUUUCCGUAUCCAGUCCAAUAGUUCCCAGUGGCAUGAGAAACAUUCACGACAACAAAGUCUCUGGUCAAGUGUCGGGUAAUUCCAACCACAACGCGAGGCAUUGCUCCAACGACGAGUACAUCAACAUCGUCCAGAGACUUGGAAAUGAUGAGGGUGACCCCGCCAUGAGAAAUACCUCUUUUCCUGUACGCUCCGCCUGUUCUCCUGCUGGAAGUGAAGAGACUCCAAAAGUUGGACCUAGGCCGCCCUUGAUUCUUCAGUCUUCUUCACCCUACACCUCCCCUAGAGAUACAGCUCCGGACCUCUUGGAUUCGCCUGCGAAAAAGAAGCAGAAAAGGUUAUUGAAAGAGGAGGGAGGUAAAGGCGCCAUGUAUGACAUUGUCAGCUCGCCCUCUAAAGACUCGACUAAACUAACAAUUAAGUUGUCUCGAGUGAAGUCAUCGGAGACUGAGCAGUCAGCUGAGCCUGUGGUACCUGUAGUAGACCAUGGCUCAGAUGCUGAGAACGAGGUAUCAUGCAACAGCUUAUCAUAUCACCGGAACCCCCAGGAGCGACUCUCCGCUGGUCAGUGUCUUUCAGGGGAGCAAUCAGCCUACCAGCAGGUUCCUGUACUACAAAACAUCGGGGCACUUGCAGCCAAACAGCCCGGUGUAGUUAGUGGAACCCCGUACGACGAGGCAGAGCUGGAUGCUCUUGCUGAGAUCGAAAGGAUUGAGAGGGAAUCUGCUAUAGAACGAGAACGCUGCUCUAAGGAAGUUCAAGAUAAAGACAAGCCUCUAAAGAAGAGAAAACAGGAUUCGUACCCUCAGGAACCAGGAGCUGCAGGCACAGCUGGUGCUUCUGGGACACCUGGUGUUGGUGGCGGAUGCAAUGCUGGGAACAAACUGGUACCUCAAGAGGCUUGUGCUGCGAGCAAUGGAUCUAGUCGGCCAGCCUUGAUGGUCAGUAUUGACCUGCAGCAAGCAGGUAGGGUGGAAGGGCCAGUGGACUCCUUUCCUGUCCCUGCCACAGAGGCUCAGCGCUGGACAGAGGAUGGCUCCGAAUCCACCGGGGUCUUGAGGCUCAAAUCAAAGACAGAUGGGGAGGUGCAGAGGACAGUAGAUGGUCGGCCAGAAGUUAUCAAGCAACGAGUAGAAACUACGCCACAGAAAACUGCUGUAGAUGGACGACCAGAGACUCCCAAAAACAAGCACGAAAACCGACGGGAAAUCUCCAACAAAGUGAGUUCUGAAAAGAGGUCAGAUUUGUCAAAGCACAGACAUGAUGGUAAAGCUGAUAAAGUAAGGGCUGAGGGAAGAGGCCAUGAAACCUCCCGAAAGCAUGAAGGGCGAUCAGAAUUAUCUCGAGAGUGCAAAGAGGAAAGGCACAGAGAAAAGGACAGUGACGGCUCUAAAGGCCGCCGAUCAGAUACAUCGAAGUCCAGUAGAGUAGAGCACAAUCGGGACAAGGAACAGGACCAAGAAAAAGUUGUGGAUAAGGGCCUUGAGAAAGGCAGCAAGGAGCUGGAGAAAGGCCGGGACAAAGAGAGAGUGAAAGAUCCAGAGAAGGACCAGGAGAAGGGUCGUGAUAAGGAGGUGGAGAAAGGCAAAAACAAAGAGCGGGUAAAAGAUCGAGUCAAGGAGCAAGAGAAAGGCCGGGACAAGGAGCAGGUGAAAGGUCGGGACAAAAAACGGGACAAGGACUUGGGAAAAGGUCGAGAGAAAGAUCAGGACAAGGAGCUGGAAAAAGGUCGUGAGAAAGAUCAGGACAAGGACCUGGAAAAAGGUCGGGAGAAAGAUCAGGAAAAGGAGCUGGAAAAAGGUCGGGAGAAAGAUCAGGACAAGGACCUGGAAAAAGGUCGGGAGAAAAAUCAGGACAAGGAGCUGGAAAAAGGUCGGGAGAAAGAUCAGGACAAGGAGCUGGAAAAAGGUCGGGAGAAAGAUCGGGACAAGGUUCGGGAGAAAGAUCGGGACAAGGUUCGAGAUAAAGAUCGUGACAAAACUCGGGAGAAAGAUAGGGAAAAGUUUCGUGAGAAAGAUCGUGACAAACUUCGGGAAAAAGUGCGGGAGAGAGAUCGGGACAAAGGGCGGGAGAAAGACCGGGACAAACAGGUUAAAACUCGAGAGAAAGAUCAGGAGAAGGAACGGUUAAAAGAUCGGGACAAAGAACGAGAAAAAGUUCGGGAAAAGGGUCGGGACAGGGAUCGAGAUCAAGAAAAAAAGCGCAACAAAGAACUCACAGAGGAUAAACAGGCUCCAGAGCAGCGGUCACGUCCCAACAGUCCUCGGGUAAAACAGGAACCCCGUAAUGGAGAAGAAUCCAAAAUAAAACCUGAGCGGUCGGUCCACAAAAAUUCCAGCAACAAAGAUGAGAAAAGGGGUGGGGAAAACAAGAACCAAGUUGAUGGACACAAGCCUUUAUCAAUGGACAGUAAAACAGCCGAUUUUCCCAACUACCUAUUAGGGGGGAAAUCAAGUGCAUUAAAGAAUUUUGUCAUUCCCAAGUUAAAAAGGGACAAAGAGGGUAAUGUGAUGCAGGAAGUGCGAAUAGAACUGUUUUCCGAGCCACGUGUGAAAUUAGAGAAGCUAGACCUGGUAGAGGACCUCAAUAAGGGCGCCAAACCUGUUGUUGUUCUGAAGAAACUUUCCAUUGAUGAGGUCCAGAAGAUGAUCAGUAAUUCACGCAGCUCGAAAUCCAGCAGGUCGUCUCACGGCAGAUUUAGAGAGACUGAUUCCCGUUUGCCACUAUGUGAGAGAGUGAAAAUGAAUAAACGCAGGCGCAGCUCCACUAAUGAGAAGCCCAAGUAUGCAGAAGUCAGCUCAGAUGAUGAUGAUAGUAGCUCUGUAGAAAGUAACCCCAAAGCGUUCAAAAAGGACAGAGAUAAAACAUGGGAAUAUGAAGAAAAGGACCGGCGGGGUUCUGGAGAUCACCGGCGGAGCUUCGACAGUCGGAGAAGUUCUGGAGGUCGACAUCGAGAACGCAGCCCUGAAGACUCAGAUGAAGAUUCACCUCCUCCAAGCCUAAGUGACCUUGCCCGAAAGCUGAAGAAAAGAAAAGCAGAAAAAGAGAAAUCCUACGAGCCUAAACUGACUGUGGACGAAAUGAUGGACUCAUCGACGUUCAAGAGAUUUACAACCAGUGUUGACAACAUUCUGGACAACCUUGAAGAUGUGGACUUGACAUCAUUAGAUGAUGAUGAGAUUCCCCAGGAGUUGCUGCUCGGAAAACACCAGCUCUCAGAGUUAAGCAGUGAAUCAGCCAAAAUAAAGGCCAUGGGCAUCAUGCAUAAGAUUACAACUGAUAAAAUGGUGAAGGUCCAGAGUAUUUUGGAAAAGAACAUCCAGGAUGCAAAGCUCUCCACCCUUAUGAAUCACGACAACGACAGGGACGACGAGGAGCGCUUGUGGCGUGACCUCAUCAUGGAGCGUGUCACCAAAUCUGCUGAUGCUUGUCUGACGGCUCUUAACAUCAUGACCUCAGCACGAAUGCCCAAGGCCGUUUACAUCGAGGACGUUAUCGAGAGGGUCGUGCAGUACACCAAGUUUCAUCUACAGAACACGCUGUACCCAUAUGACCCCGUCUAUAGGGUGGAUCAUCAUGGUGGUGGAACACUAAGCUCGAAAGCCAAGCGAGCAAAAUGCUCAACGCACAAGCAGAGAGUUACCGUCAUGCUCUACAACAAAGUGUGUGACGUUAUCAGUAACCUGUCUGAACUCCUGGAGAUUCAGCUGUUGACAGACACAACCAUCCUCCAGAUUUCAUCUCUAGGUAUCACUCCAUUUUUUGUGGAGAACGUGAGCGAGCUGCAGCUCUGUGCCAUUAAACUAGUGACUGCUGUGUUUUCUCGAUACGAGAAGCACAGACAGCUGAUCCUGGAGGAGAUCUUCACCUCUCUCGCCAGACUGCCAACCAGCAAGAGGAACUUGAGGAAUUACAGACUGAACAGCAGUGAUGUGGAUGGAGAGCCGAUGUACAUUCAGAUGGUGACGGCGCUGGUUCUGCAGCUCAUUCAGUGUGUGGUUAAUCUGCCUUCAGACAAAGACUCGGAUGAGGAGAAUGACAGAAAGGUUGAUCAGGAUGUGCUAAACAACUCGUAUGAGACCGCAAUGAGGACAGCACAAAACUUCCUCUCUGUUUUCCUCAAAAAGUGUGGUAGUAAGCAGGGUGAAGACGACUACACGCUCUUUGAGAACUUUGUUCAGGAUCUCCUGUCUACGGUGAAUAAACCUGAUUGGCCGGCUGCAGAGCUGCUGCUGAGCCUUCUGGGAAGGCUGCUGGUUCAUCAGUUCAGUAAUAAGCAGACGGAGAUGGCUCUGAGAGUGGCUUCUUUGGAUUAUCUGGGCACAGCUGGCUGCACGUUCGCAAAUGAUGCCGUCACCAGCAAAAUGGACCAGCGCUCCAUCAACCGCAUCCUCGGAGAGAGCUCAGGCAGUGAUGAGAUUCAGCAGUUGCAAAAGGCUCUGCUAAAUUACCUGGAUGAGAAUGUGGAGACGGAUCCAUUUCUCUUGGUGAGAUUUUGCAAGAAGUUUUACCUUGCGCAGUGGUACAGGGACACCAGCACUGAGACGGAGAAAGCCAUGAAAUCUCAGAGUCAGAGGGACGACGAUUCGUCUGAUGGGCCUCACCACGCUAAAGACAUCGAAACCACUAGUGAGAUCUUGCAGAAAGCUGAAGCUCGCAAGAAGUUCCUCCGGUCUGUUAUUAAGACCACGGCAUCGAAAUUCAGCUCACUGAGAGUAAACUCGGAUACUGUGGACUACGAGGACUCGUGUCUCAUUGUGCGAUAUCUGGCCUCCAUGAGGCCGUUUGCACAGAGCUUUGAUAUUUACUCCACACAGAUCUUGAGAGUUCUCGGUGAAAGCAUUGCAGUGAGAACUAAAGCGAUGAAGUGUCUUUCUGAAGUGUGGCAGUGGAUCCCAAGUAUUCUUGCGCGUCUGGACAUGCAGCGGGGCGUUCAUGGCCGACUGAUGGACAACUCCACCAGUGUGAGAGAAGCUGCAGUCGAGCUGCUGGGACGCUUCGUUCUGAGCCGACCGCAGCUCACUGAACAGUAUUACGACAUGCUGAUCGAGCGCAUCCUGGACACGGGCAUCAGCGUGAGGAAAAGAGUUAUUAAAAUCCUGCGAGACAUCUGUCUGGAGCAGCCCACCUUCAACAAGGUCACAGAAAUGUGUGUGAAGAUGAUCAGGAGGGUCAAUGACGAAGAAGGCAUCAAGAAAUUGGUGAAUGAAACCUUUCAGAAGCUCUGGUUCACUCCUACACCCAAUCACGAUAAAGAGCCAGACACGCACACCGAUUCUCACAUCACAGACGUGGUCGCUGCCUGCAGGGAUUCCGGUUACGACUGGUUCGAGCAGCUGCUUCAGAAUCUGUGGAAAUCAGAAGAGGACGCCUCUUACAAACCGGCCAGGAAGGCUUGUACUCAGCUGGUGGACAGUCUCGUGGAGCACAUUCUGAAAUAUGAGGAGUCUCUCGCUGACUGUGAGAAUAAGGUGACGUCUAAUUGCCUAGUGGCUUGUAUCACCACGCUAUACCUGUUCAGCAAAAUCCGACCGCAUCUGAUGGUGAAACAUGCCAUGACUAUGCAGCCGUACCUGACCACAAAGUGUAACACUCAGAGUGAUUUUAUGGUGAUCUGUAAUGUGGCGAAAAUCCUGGAGCUUGUUGUUCCUUUGAUGGACCAUCCGAGUGAAAGCUUCCUCACCACUAUCGAAGAAGACCUGAUGAAACUCAUCAUCAAAUAUGGCAUGACGGUUGUGCAGCACUGUGUGAGUUGUCUUGGCGCAGUCGUCAAUAGGGUCACCCAUAACUACAAGUUUGUCUGGUCUUGUUUCAACCGCUACUAUGGAGCUCUGAGCAAGCUGAAGAUGCAGCAUCAGGAAGACCCCAACAGCACCGUCCUGGUCUCGAAUAAACCUGCACUGCUCCGCUCACUCUUCACCGUCGGCGCGCUGUGCAGACAUUUCGACUUCGACCAGGAGGAGUUCAAAGGCAGUAAUAAGGUGGUCAUAAAGGACAAAGUCCUGGAGCUGCUGCUGUAUUUCACUAAGAACGAUGAUGAGGAGGUGCAAACCAAAGCCAUCAUUGGUCUAGGGUUUCUGUUCAUCCAGGACCCAGGACUCAUGUUUGUUACAGAGGUGAAAAACCUCUACAACACCCUCUUGGCCGACAGGAAGACAUCAGUGAAUCUGAAGAUUCAGGUGCUGAAGAACCUGCAGACGUAUCUACAAGAGGAGGAUUCCCGAAUGCAGGAGGCCGACCGCGAGUGGAAUAAGUUGUCCAAGAAAGAGGACCUGAAGGAAAUGGGCGACAUCUCGUCCGGCAUGAGCAGCUCCAUCAUGCAGCUCUACCUCAAGCAGGUGCUGGAGGCUUUCUUCCACACGCAGUCCAGCGUCAGACACUACGCCCUCAACGUCAUCGCCCUGACGCUCAAUCAGGGGCUCAUUCACCCUGUACAGUGUGUCCCAUAUCUGAUUGCGAUGGGAACUGACUCCGAGCCCACAAUGAGGAAUAAAGCCGAUCAACAGCUGGUGGAGAUCGACAAGAAGUACACAGGCUUCAUUCAUAUGAAGGCUGUGGCGGGGAUGAAGAUGUCGUAUCAGGUGCAGCAGGCCAUCGUGGGCUCGAAGGACACUGUGAUCAGGGGUUUCCGGCUGGACGAGAGCAGCACAGCUCUGUGUUCACAUCUCUACACGAUGGUGCGCGGAAAUAGGCAACACCGCAGGGCUUUCCUCAUCUCACUGCUAAACCUGUUCGACGACAACGCGAAGUCGGAUGUGAACAUGCUGCUGUACAUCGCAGACAAUCUGGCCUGUUUCCCCUAUCAGACUCAGGAGGAGCCGAUGUUCAUCAUGCAUCAUGUGGACAUUACACUGUCUGUGUCCGGCAGCAACCUGCUGCAGUCCUUCAAAGAGUCUCUCCUGAAAGAGCCGAGGAAAGUGGAGGUGGUGAAAAAGAAGAAAAAGAAGAAGAAGAAGAAGAAGCAGAAGCAGAAGCGAGGGAAGAAGUACGGCUCUGAGGAAGAGGAUGAGAGCAGUAGGAGUAGUAGUAGCAGCAGCAGCAGCAGCAGCAGUGACAGCGACAGCUCUGAAGAUGAAGUUAUUCAUCGGCGGAAGAAACCCAGACGGACCACUGCAAACUCCGACUCCGAUUCAGACCUGGACGUGGAGGAUGUUGAUAAAGUGAUGCUGCGGCUGCCAGACAACCCCGAACCCCUGCUGGACUUCGCCAACGCGUCUCAGGGCAUUCUGCUGCUCUUGAUGCUCAAACAGCACCUCAAAAACCUCUACGGCUUCUCUGACAGUAAAAUUCAGAAGUACUCGCCUACAGAAUCUGCAAAGAUUUAUGACAAAGCUGUAAACAGGAAGGCCAACGUGCAUUUCAACCCACGGCAGACGCUGGACUACCUGACCAACAGCCUGUCCAAUGCAGAUCUCAGCAACGACGUCAAGAGGAGAGUCGUUAGACAGUAUUUAGAUUUUAAGGUACUGAUGGAGCACUUGGACCCGGAUGAGGAAGAAGAGGAGGGAGAGGCUUCAGCCAGUUCACAUGCCAGAAAUAAAGCCAUCAAUGCUCUGCUAGGAGGCUCCAGUCCCAAGAAUAAUGCUGCUGAAUCGUACGACGACGAUAGUGAAGUGGAAGAAAAGACUCCUGGGUCCUCCCGGAGGUCAAGGAGAACCGGAGAUUCGGCGGAGGCAUCAGGACACAGGAACGAAACUGUGGAAGCCGCGGACGUCAUCGCUCUGUGCUGCCCCAAAUAUAAGGACCGGCCGCAGCUCGCACGCGUUAUUCAGAAGACCAGCAAAGGCUACAGCAUUCACUGGAUGGCCGGAUCCUACUCCGGCACCUGGGCCGAGGCCAAGAAACGAGACGGACGCAAACUGGUGCCUUGGGUGGACACUAUAAAGGAGUCUGACAUUAUUUACAAGAAAAUUGCCUUGACGAGCGCACACAAACUGAGCAACAAAGUAGUGCAGACUUUACGUUCACUGUACGCAGCCAAGGAAGGAUCUUCCAGCUAAUUAAACCUGUAAUAACUCUGGAACUGUUACACCCAGUGAACUCUCAGCAGCCAAACUUCAUCAGGAUUCAACGUUUUGUAAACCUAAAGUCAGAGAUCCUACAGACUCGCAGGUUUUAAGAUCCCACGUGGUAUUAAGGAAGUGUUGGUUUGUUCAGAUGUGAAUCCUGUACAUCUUUUUAAGUUAAACUGAAACGGAGCUCCUUCGCUGUUGUGCAGCAAAACCUGGUUGUUUGAAAUAUUUUUUUCCUCCCCCUUCACUGUAUCAUAGUUUAACACACAAAAACGCAAACAAAAAUGUUUAUAUCUCUGACGAAAAAAAGAAAAAAAAGUCUGUUUAAAGAAAUAAACCUAAAGUGAAUGUUGGAAAUUAGUCUGUUGAUGUUCUUAAUAAAAGUGACCUUGGAGUUUAACCUAGCGCCGGAUGGAUUUCUUUAGCUUAGCUCAGUUUUCCAGGGAAAUAAACGUUGAAACAUCUCCUCUGCUUUAUGUUUGACUUCUUUUGUGCUGUAAAAUGGAGUCUCCUGGACAUAAUUUAUUCAGUUUGAAAGCAGAGCAUGCAGUAUCUGUCGCCGACAUGGACGGGAGGGAUUCUUUUGUAAAUGUAGAUUUUGAUGUAUUGGGUCAGGGUUCGGGUCUCUACUCCCCAGAGCGGGACACGGGGGACCCCAGCAUGUGUGGAGGAGCAAAUACUGCAAUAAAUUUUUUACUUCUCUUUCUUA